AUGUCCGAUCUCUAUACACAUCGAGAAUCUGACGAAUACCUCCUCAAACCCGAACACUUUGCCAAGAACCGACCGAAAAGAUGGGAUUGUCUGCGUCCGAUCAUUUACACCUCACUUGCCUUUGUUGGGUUCAUGGAAAUUUUGUUCUUCGGCAUUUUCUUCGCCCAGGCUACUAGGAAAACCCCGGAGCGGUUGCUGGGCGAGCUAAAUGGUUUGGUUGGGGACUUUCCUGCUCGGAGGGUCAUCUUUCGCUCUGAUCCGUUGGCUGCGUCAGAUCACAAAACAGAGGAAUCCAGAAAUGCGACGAUGAACAAUUGGUUGUCGUAUAUGCCUCGAGGAAACGGCUUUAUCGCAGUCAAUCAGACGGAGAGAUACACCUUGCCUCCCCCGAUCAAACAGCUAGGUCAGGAUACCUAUUCGAUUGCAGUAUUCCACCAGUUACACUGCUUGUACGCAAUCAUGUCUGUCUAUGACGACCUGGCAGCAGCCAAAUCGGCAGCAGAUUUGAACGCGCACCAUUCGCGCGACGAAACACAUUCCAACGAGCACUCUCAUAAACAGGUCCAUGUCCACAGUCAUGACCAUGUCGACCAUUGUUUUCAGUAUCUGCGCCAGUCGCUGCUCUGCUGUGGGGAUACCGCCUUGGAAGGGCAGGAUCCAAGGACAGACAAGCCCGGUACGGAUGGUACAGGUGCAGUGCAUGUAUGUAAGGAUUUUGAUGGGAUCAUGGCCUGGGCGGAUAGUCAGCGGCUGGUGGAUGCUAAGCAUACAUAG